AUGAUUACAAUAACUAUUCUCUAUGGAAUUAUUAUUUGGCAUAUAAAACAACAUAAACAUAUUAAUUUGGGAAGUACAAAUGCAUCACGAGCGCAGAGAAAUACGAAAGUAUUUAAGAAUAUUUUUAUUUUUACAAGUAUUCUUGGAAUUGGUGGCAUACCUUAUUUAAUUUCUACUAUAGUGAAUAGAAUAGUGCCAAUUCCAUGGCCAUUAUAUUCUAUUUCAUUUUUAUUCAUCGCAUGUGCGUCUGCUAUUGGAUCACUAGCAAUUUUACUUACGAAUGAACAAACUAAAGAAAUUUUCUGUGCUAAACUUCAUUGUCGUCAAUUAAUUAGAACAGGACAAGUAAGGAAUAAAAAAUUAGCUAGAAUCAAUCAAAUUAUGCCGUAUUAUAAUAAAGCAUGA